GGGGCAGUUGGCCUUGACAUCCUUGCCUCGGCAGCAAAGCAGAGGCCUGUAGCAGAAGCCUGUAGCGAGUGGGGCAGUUCAAGAGGAAAAGAUACAUAAGAGGGUCCUGGUGGCACUCCCAAAAAUCUAAUCGAGUCCCCUAAAAUGUCUCCGGAAGCAACCAACGUAAGCAACAGCACUAGCAACGGCGCAAGCAACGGCACCAGCAACAUCGCCAGCAACGGCGCCGCUGCGGCCUUGGGCUCAGCAAACAAGAAGCCGAAGCGGGAAAAGCGGAGGGCUCUGUUUGUGCUCUUUGAAGGCACGGGCAACGACUUCCAGGCCGGCCAACAGACAAACGUAUGCCGCAUGCUCCAGCUCCUCCGCAAGGACGACGAGAAGCAGCAGCUCGUCUACUACGGCGAGGGCGUGGGCAUGCACGACUUUAGCUCCCACACGCUCUCCUCGGCCGGCGAGAUGGGCUCGGCGCUCAAGUCGGCCUUCACAAAGGGAUUCGCCUCUUCGUUUCCCGAGCAUGUCCUCGACGCCUACCGCUGGCUGAUGAACGUCCACCGCAAGAGCGACGAGAUCUACGUCAUGGGCUUCUCGCGUGGUGCCUAUGCCGCCGGCUGCUUCUGCGGCCUGCUGGAGACGAUCGGCCUGCUCCCUCGCGAGAGCUCCCAGAUUCUGUCCACCGGCUGGGAGGUGUACAAGAAACACUCGGAUGUCAUCCACGACGAGCACCUCACCGACGACAAGUUCAACGACUCUUUUAUGAACACAUCUGCGUUCCGCAGCAGUUUCAGCAAGAGUGUCAAGGUGCACUUUCUCGGCUUGUGGGACACGGUCGCCUCGAUUGGCAACAAGUACGGCGCCCCGUUUGCCUUUCCGCAGCACGAGGGGUCCGUCAGACACGUCUACCACGCCAUGGCCCUCGACGAGCAGCGCAACUCGUUCAUGAUCCAGCGCUGGAACGCCCGGCAAAAGAAAGUGCGCCACCCGAUCCUGCGCACCGAGCAGGUCAAACCGGAGGACUACGUGCGCGAAAAAGCGGAUGUCAAGAACCUCAAGACAUUUGUCAACGAAGUCUGGUUCCCUGGCGUGCACAGCGAUGUGGGCGGGGGCAACAACAACGACAAGCUGCCCCACCUGACGCCAGAUGACAUCAAGUCCAGCAUCGAUGCCGGCUCGCACUAUCGCGAUGGAGAAAUGAGGCGGCCGCUGCCCUCGCUCGGCCUCAUCUCGCUGCGCUGGAUGCUCCGCGCCAUUCUCUGGUCAAAGAGCGCCGAUGUCGAAAUCCUCAUUGACCCACGAGCGGCGGCCCGAUUCGAUCUGGCGCUCUCCUACGACUUCCGACAGGCAGACGCUUCGGUAAACCAGCUGGAAGCCUGGCCGGCCGAGCACCUCUUGCGCUUCUUCGAGCUGCACACCCGCGACGGCAAGGUAGAGGGUGACGUGAAAAAGGCCGAGCUCGUCCGUGCUCUCAAGGAAAGCCAAAAGAUUCCUUCAGAAGAAGAAGAAAACAAGGGCCAAAUGGUCGACAACGAACACAUGGGCAUCGACAUUGACCGGAAGCUUGCGCUGAAUGCACUUGCUCAGCAGGGGUCGACCUCCUUUGCGCCCAAGACCGAGGUCGAGCUGUCGAUUCUCCGGAUUGUCGAUGCCUUCAACGUUCGUUCCUCCAACGAAGACGCCAAGAAAAAGGCCAUUGCGUACCUGAUGGCUGGCUUCUGGAGCGCGCGAGAGAGCCCCCUCAACAUUUUCGAGUCAGAGACCAAGGGCAACCUGCGCGACAUUCUCGCGGGCGACAAGUUCCACGUGACCGUCAAGACGCGGAUGCUGGCGCUGCGCCUGGAUGAUGCGAGGCUGUUGGCCGCCAGCGGCAUUCCAGCUCCUCAUGCGGGCGCUUUCGUCAAGUCUCCCCAUCCAUCCUCUCUAUCGGAACAGGCAGGCAUCGUCUGGGGCAGCGAAACAGCCGAGAACAUCUUUGAGCGCCUCAAGAAGGGCGGCUCGAUCUUGUCGUACUUUGGCACCAAGACAUCAAACGAGUACCUGCCCUACUCCACUCCGCCGGUCAAGGACGGCAAGGCGAUCACCGCCGAGAGCUGCAAGAACACCGACGACCACAACACCCGCUUAAAGUAUGGCAAACAGUUUUGGCAAAGCCUGCUGGACAACCCCAAGUACACUUGGGUCGAGUAGCUGACUUGUUGCCGGUCGAGAAGGGGCCGUCAUUGGCCGAACUUGUGUGUUUUCUUUUGUAUAUGGCUGCUCGGAUAUCGCUCCAGUUUUGUAAUGUAUGUCCUCGUGCCGGAAUGCGCAUUCAUCGAG